AGGAGUUUGUAGAAUUUCUGGCUCGAACUUCUCAAUAUUGAAAAUGAACUUGGAAUGGUGAUGCACGAUACGCCUACAUUUUCAGUCUGAACUGCAACGAAAAGCCACAGAAUGAGCUUCCGGAUCUUCUCAAAGCCGCUGCGGAACCGAAGCAGAAGCCGAUUACCGCCGUUGUCAUCUAUUUUCUUGCGUUCAUUCUCACACACUUUCUCGCAAUUCACCAGACCUACGUUUGGCAUUGCGUUCGACAUUGAUGGCGUGCUUCUCCGAGGCGAUGCUCCGAUUGGAGGCUCUCCACAAGCUCUGAGAAAGUUAUAUGACGAUUCCGGUGUAUUAAGGAUUCCUUAUAUUUUCCUGACAAAUGGAGGUGGAGUUCGUGAAUCCAAGAGAGCCUCAGAUUUGAGUGAAGUUUUGGGCGUAGAUAUAUCACCUUUACAGGUUGUUCAGGGCCAUUCACCAUUUAAACACCUUGUAAACAGAUAUGAAAACAAACUUGUGAUUGCUGUUGGAAAAGGAGAACCCGCUGCAGUGAUGUCUGAAUAUGGAUUUCGGAAUGUUCUUUCAAUUGAUGAAUAUACAUCCUUCUUUGAUAACAUUGAUCCUCUGGCACCAUAUAAGAAAUGGACGACUAUAAACGGGGCUAAUCAUGAAAAAACUAUCUCAAAUCUAGCUGAAAAGAAGAAAGUUUGCUCUGAGAGAGUUGAUGCUGCCUUCAUCGUUAGUGAUUCUGUUGAUUGGAGCAGGGAUAUUCAGGUACUUUGUGAUAUCUUAAGAACCGGAGGUCUUCCAGGAAGAGAAUUUGGACACCAACCGAACUUGUAUUUUGCACACGAUGACCUUGAAUACCAGGCUGCUUUUCCUUGUGAACGUUUUGGUAUGGGAGCUUUCAGAAUUGCCCUAGAGUCUAUCUACAAUAAGAUUCACCCUCAUGCUUUGCAGUACACAUGCUAUGGAAAACCAAAUACGCUCGUAUUUCGCAAUGCCGAAGCUGUACUUAAACUAGUGUCAUCAAUUCAUCAAAACAAGAUGGAUGCGAAUACUGAAACUAAUCACUUCAAGACUCUGUAUAUGAUAGGGGAUAAUCCUUCUGUCGAUAUCAAUGGAGCAAUCCAGGCUGGAAGUCCUUGGUUUUCUAUCCUGACUAGAACAGGGGUUUUUAAGGGAAGAGAAAAUCAUGACAAGUAUCCAGCUGAUCUGGUAGUCGACUCCGUUGAAGAAGCAGUGGACUACAUUUUCAAGAAGGAAGGGAUAUGUUGAGAAAGACAUGAAGGAGAGUUGAUUCUUUUGAGAACAUAUUAACAAUGCUAUUCUCUGCUGGAUGAAGCAUGGUAUGGUGUGGGUGAGAUUCCGUUUACUUUCAUAAUUAAUGGCGGGCUGUUCGACCAAUUUCUAUUGAUGAAAACUUUUUCUUAAUUUACAUAUUAUCUUUUCACAUUGAAAUAUAGAAGAAACCUCUUUUC